CGUUCUCGUGGCAGAAGCGGGGAGACAUGGAUAAUUAGCUAAGCAGUGGGGGAAAUAUUUACGAUUCCUGCUUUUUCCGGAUGAGUUUUGUCACUCUAUGCAAUUUUAGUUUUGAAUUAUAAGAAAAUACGCUUUACACAGCCAUGCGGCGAAAUAAGGCCGAAGUGGACGAAUAUAUUUAUUCAGUAGAGAGUUCCUCUCCUUCACUCAAAGAGAAACCAAUUAAAGGAUUUUUAUUUGCUAAAUUAUACUUCGAGGCUAAGGAGUAUGAACUUGCUAAAAGACAUGUAUCAGCAUAUUUGAAGGUGGCGGAAAGAGACCCCAAAGCACACAAGUUCCUGGGCAAACUUUAUGAGAGGGAAGGAGAUAUCAACAAGGCCAUAGGAUGUUACAAGCGGUCUGUGGACCUGAACCCACCCCAGAAGGACCUGGUUUUGAAGGUGGCUGAGCUGCUGGUCAGUAAGACCGAGAGAGACAACAGAGCAGAGUUCUGGGUGGAGAAAGCUGCCAAGCUGCUGCCUGGACACCUUGCUGUCUUCAAACUCAAGGAGCACCUACUGAAUCAACAGGGCCAGCAGGGAUGGAACCAGUUGUUUGACCUACUGCAGGCAGAGCUGGCUGUGAGGCCUGGUGAUUCCCAUAUCAACAUCAAGCUGGUUCAGUUGUUCUCCUCCGAUGGCAGGCUGGAGGAGGCUGUCAAACACUGUCUGGCCACAGAGAAGAGAGGCCUGCUUAGAUCCAGCUUGGACUGGUACUCUACUGUAGUAAAAACUCUACAGGAAUCCCUAGCCCAGCCCAGUGUUUCGUCCAAUGAGAAGAUGAGUCAACAUCAGCAGAGAGAGCUACUUUUGGCCCACUGCAGCCUGCUGAGACUGACUCUGCAGGGGAAAGGACUGCAGCCUAGCAUCCAGGCCCUCUGGAGUUUUGACUGUGCGAUGCAGGGCCUGAAGAAGGCAGAGGGCAGUGUAACAGAUGAUCUGUCUGGGGUCUAUGUGGAGAUGAGGGGACAUCUGUACCUGCAUGCUGGCACUCUGCUGCUGAAGAUGGCUCAGGAGCGAGAACAGCAGUGGCGGGCUGUCAUCGAUCUGGCUGUUCUCUGCUAUCUGCUGGCCUACCAGGUCCCCAGGCCAAAGAGCAAGGUGUCUAAACGGGACCAGUCUCCUCCUCAGCCUCUGGAGCUACUGGCCAGUGACCGAAAGAGCCAGGCUGGACACAUGCUGCUCAACCUCAAGCCCGAGACACACACCUUUGUCAGAGAGGUGGUGGAGGCGUUUGGGAACCGUAGUGGUCAGGACGCUUUGUUUGAGCUUUUGUUUGGGCCUCUGGCUCCGGCCGGGACUUCCUUCAUUGGCAACGAUGACAUCCGCUCCAUCAACACACAGGCUCCAGAGAUAUCUGACCUCACCAAAUGGGAUAAUGGCUCCAUCCAGCUCCAUGGUGGGGACCUCCAGCAGCUGUGUUGGCUGGGCCUCCAAUGGUCUCUCUUGGCCCAGAGGCCUGCUCUGAGGGACUGGCUCAAACAGCUGUUCCCCAGGCUCAACCUGGAGACCUCCAAACUGGACACCAACACACCAGAGUCCAUCUGCCUGCUAGACCUGGAGGUGUUCCUGUGUGGGGUGGUGUGGUGCAGUCACACCCAGCUCCAGGAAAGGGCCAGGAUCAGUUCUACUGGUCAACACGAGCCCCGCUGCCUGCCCCUGCCCCUCCUCCACCUCCUCUUCACAGACAGACAGAGGGACUGGUGGGACGCAGUCUACAGGCUCAUACACAAACGAGCUGCGCCUGGCAUGUCAGCCAAACUGAGGAUGACGGUUCAACAUGGACUAAGCACCUUGCGAGCCGGAGAGAAACAUUGCCUUCAACCAGCCCUGCCCAUACACUGGGCCCAGCACCUCAGCUCAGCGGGGUUUGGUGUGAACUCAUACUACGCCCACGAGUGCAUAAGGCGGAGUGUUCACUACUGGAACGUGGUGCUCCCCCUGCUGGACAAGAUCAAGAGGAGACGUGGCAUCCCUGAAUCCCUGGACCCCCUGUUCAUACACUUCCCCUCUAGAGACAUAGAGAUCCCAUCAGUGAAGGGCUUUGAGGAGGAGGCCAAGAUAGCAUUUGCGACCCUCCUGGACAUCGAGGGGAGGACAGAGGAGGCUAUCGCUACCCUGGAGACCAUCAACAACAUCUCGUCUAACUGGCACCUAGCUAGGAUCUUUCAGCGUCUGUCUGAGGAGGCUGGUAGCGGGGUGGAGGAGACACAGGACAGGUGCAUCAUGUUCCUCAGGAAGUUCAGAACUUACCUGUCCAAGAUCUACAACGCCAACGCUGACGACAUGGAUAAGCUGCCCGUUUCGAUGGAGGAGGUGAUGGAUCUCCUGAACGAUGUGAAACAGCAGCUGGAGGAGAGUGGAGAAGCGAUGGAUGAAGAGGAGGACGGCGGACCGGUCCACUCCAGCCUUCAGUUUACUAAGCCUGCUGCUUCAAUCUCUUGUGUCAGAUUCGCCCCAUUAACCCCCUCCCCCAGCAAGAGCUUGGCCUCUCCCUCCAAAAGACACCUGAUUUCACUAAAGACGCCACCUCAUUGGGCGGAGGACCAGAAGUCCCUCCUGCAGAUGCUCUGCCAGCAGGUGGAGAGCCUCAAGAAUGAGGUCCAUGACCUGAGGCAUCACUCAUCAGACAGCAUGGCGUCACCCCACCAAAGAAUGUAUGGAGAUGGGUACGGGGCUGAGAGCAUGCAGGAGGGCUACCCCCCAGCACAGACCUUCCAUGGAGCACCCCUCACUGUUGCCACCACACAGGCACCCUCUAUGUAUUACAAUCAAUCGCCUGCUUAUAACGCCGGACAGUAUCUCCUUCGUACGGCAGCCAAUGUUACCCCAACAAAGGCUCCUGUGUAUGGAAUCAACCGCCUGCCACCCCAGCAGCACAUGUAUGCCUACCAGCAGCCCACUAACACUCCUCCCCUGCAGUCAACACCAGCCUGCAUCUACCCUCCUCAAGAUCAGGUCUUCGGCGCCCCUCUCCGCUUCGAGUCACCAGCAACCAGUCUACUCUCCCCAUACAGUGAGGAAUACUACGGCCACUCGCAGCCCACCACAAACCCUCCCCUCCCAGAGCCUGGCUACUUCACCAAGCCCUCCAUUGUACCUGUCCAACCACCAAAGAGCAUCGAGGGGAAGCCUGUGGGCUUUGGGAAGAUCUCUUUUGGCCAGCCGAUCCCUGCUGAGCCUCCUAAGUUGCCUAGCUUUGGUGCUGGAAUAGUCGCCCAGUCCACCCCAUCAUCUGCUGCCUUUAAAUUCAACUCCAACUUUAAAUCCAAUGACGGGGACUUCACCUUCAAGUCCAAAAACAAUGAGAGCCUGUUGGGUCUUCUGACAUCAGACAUUCCAACCAAAUCUGAGGGUCCCUCAGAGGGGAAGCCCCAUGAGCCUCCUUGUCAGGGAGGGAUUUUUACCUUUGGCCCUAAAAGUGCAUCUGGGUUCUCCUUUGCUGACACAAUCCAGAUCCAGGACAAACCAAACCUGUUUGGAAAAUUUGACCAGCCAUUUAGUUUCUUUGAUGUAACCCCGCCGGUAUUUGGGCUAGCAAACACAGCAGAGGAGGAGAAGGGAGCGGAGAGCAAUAACGACAGCACUCAUGUGGAGGAGGACGAGGAUGGGCCUCACUUUGAGCCUAUUGUGCCCCUCCCUGACAAAGUAGAUGUGAAGACUGGAGAGGAGGAAGAGGAGGAGAUGUUCUGUAACAGGGCCAAGCUGUUCAGAUUCGAUGCAGAGACAAAAGAGUGGAGAGAGAGAGGUAUCGGCUUAGUCAAAAUCCUAAAGCACAAUAGAUCAGGAAAAGUGCGUCUACUGAUGAGGAGGGAGCAGGUUCUGAAGAUCUGCGCUAACCACUACAUCACGCCAGAUAUGCUCCUGAAACCAAAUGCUGGAUCUGACAAGUCCUGGGUCUGGAAUGCCGUUGAUUAUGCGGAUGAGGAACCAAGGACUGAGCAACUGGCCAUCCGGUACAAAACGGAAGACGAGGCAUUGCUCUUCAAGACAAAGUUUGAAGAGGCUCAGAAGAUAGUUCUCAAAUCUCCAGAAAAGCAGCUAGAUCAGUCAUAUAGGAAAAAUAAUUCUCCUAAACUCUCUGCUCCAUUGGCGACAAACUUUGCUGCCCAGUUUGCAAAGAAGUACGGGGAGUGGGACUGCGAUGUGUGCUGUGUAAGAAAUGCAGCUAAAGUUAUGCAGUGUGUUGCCUGCCAGACUGCCAACCCUAAUGCCCCAUCAAAGCCAGACAGUGCACCGGCUACUGACAUCAAAGGCUUUACUAGUGGGGCAGCUUCAGUGGGAGGAUUUACUUUUGGAUUUGGAGCUGACUCGUCAAAAGAUACCAGCAGCGCAGGAUCUAUUGGAAAAGGAUUUGGGUCUUUUGGAGCUCAGAUACCCUCCUCCUUUACGUUUGGAACCAGUGGCACCACUUAUAUACCUGCUGCUGGUUUUGGUGCCCAGUUUGGAAAGAGGCAAGAAACCACAAAAGUAGCAGCAGAAUCAAAGGCCUCAACCAUGCCAUUUGGUGCCCCGGGUUUGGCAACCCUCUCAACUGGGUCUGGAUUUGGUGCCCAAUUCAGCAAAAAACCAGGGCAGUGGGACUGUGAUACAUGCGUUGUAAGAAACGAGGCUUCUUCAAGCAGUUGUGUUUCUUGUCAAACUCCUAAUCCUUCAGCAAAAUCAACAGUAGAGGUAGCACCAACAACAAAGCCAACAGUGUCAGACUUUGGUGCUGCUUUUUCAAGGAAGGAUGUACAAUGGGACUGUGACACUUGUCUAGUGAGGAAUGAUGCAUCUGCCUCUAAGUGUGUUUCCUGCCAGACACCCAACCCCAAUGCUAGCAGCUCCUCUCUUAGGGCCAUGUUUGCCAGGCAGGAGGGAGAGUGGGACUGUGACGCAUGUCUAGUCAGAAACAACGACUCUGCUAGUCAAUGUGUCUCCUGUCAGAUGCCCAAACCCAAUGUUAAGAGCAUAGCCACAGCCGCCACUUCCAGCUCAUCCUUCAGCUUUAACUUCGGGUGUCGGACUGCCUCUACUCAAUCCACAGGCGCUGGGUUUAAAGCGAACUUCAACGGUGACAGCUCUUUGCAGUUUGGCACAGGCAAAGUUGAUAAAAGUUCCCCUGCAUUCUUCAAGUUUGAGACCCCUCAGGCUGAAAGCAGUACCCCCAGUGCUGCAGGCUUCUCUUUCACCAUGCCCAUCCCAGCAGGUGGCUUUAAGUUUGGCACUCAGGAAACUGCAAAGGAAACGCUACCAGCUGAAACUCAGACUCCUGCUUCAGGGUCUGUGUCAAUGUGCCUGAAGAAUAUUGCAGAGCAGCACAGAGAGAAAGAGAAGGAAUCUGGUGUCAGUGUAUAUGCAUCAGUGCUGUCAGUGGACAUGACAGGUCAGGAUGAAAAUCCCCUCUUCACUGGCAAACCCAACGACUUCAGUUUUGCAGACUUGGCUAAAAACUCACAAGGGGACUUCCAGUUUGGUCAGACCGACUCCAAUUUCAAAGGCUUCACCCGCGCUGGUGAGCAGCUGUUCACAUCCCUUCAGUCAAACCAGAGGGCAGACACCUCAGCUGACCAGGAUGAAGAGGACAUAUACAAGACAGAGGAUAAUGACGAUAUCCAGUUUGAGCCUGUGGUCCAGAUGCCAGAGAAAGUGGACCUGGUCACAGGAGAGGAGGACGAACAGGCCCUCUACUCCCAGAGAGUGAAGCUCUUCAGGUUUGACGGAGACAUCAGCCAGUGGAAGGAGAGGGGCGUUGGAGUCCUCAAGUUCCUGAAGAACGCCACCAACGGCAGGCUCAGGGUGCUGAUGAGAAGAGAGCAGGUCCUGAAGGUGUGUGCCAACCACUGGAUCACCACCACCAUGAACCUGAAGCCCUUGGCUGGCUCCGACAAGGCCUGGAUGUGGCUGGCUAAUGACUUCUCUGACGGAGAUGCCAGACUGGAGCAACUCGCUGCCAAGUUUAAAACCCCUGAGCUGGCUGAGGAGUUCAAGCUGAAGUUUGAGGAGUGUCAGAUGCUCCUGUUAGACAUCCCACUGCAGACUCCUCACAAGCUUGUUGACACAGGCAGAACUGCACAUCUCAUCCAGAAGGCAGAGGAGAUGAAGUCUGGCCUGAAAGAUCUUAAAUCUUUCCUGACCGAUGACAAAACCAAGAUCAAGGAGGACGACAGCCAAGCUAACAUCACGACAGCCAGUAACACCUCUGGUCUGAAUAUCAAGCCCCACGCAGAGAACACUGGCCCUACCUUAGAAUGGGACAACUAUGACCUGAGAGAGGAGGCUCUGGACGACAGUGCUGACACCUCUGUCUACGCCUCACCCCUGGCAAGCAGCCCAAUCAGGAAGAACCUCUUCUGCUUUGGAGAAUCCACAGAGGGCUUCAACUUCAGCUUCCAGCCUGUCGUCAGUCCCGCCAAGUCGCUGGCCGAGAUGAACCAGAGCGGGGUGUCUGUGGACGAGGAGCAGGACAUUAGCCAGGAGGAGGAGCGGGACGGCCUGUACUUUGAGCCUGUGGUUCCCCUGCCAGACCUGGUGGAGAUCUCCACUGGAGAGGAGAAUGAAAAUGUGUGUUUCAGCCACAGGGCAAAGCUGUAUCGCUAUGACAAAGACCUGAAUCAGUGGAAGGAGAGGGGCAUCGGAGACCUCAAGAUACUGCAGAACUGCGAUACCAAACGAGUCAGACUCAUCAUGAGGAGAGACAAAGUCCUGAAAAUCUGCGCCAACCAUUGGGUCACACCUUCUAUGAAGUUGGAGCCCAUGAAGGGUGCUGAGAAGGCCUGGGUCUGGAGCGCUAUUGACUUUGCCGAGGUAACUAAGGGAAAUGUUGAGCAGUUAGCUGUGAGAUUCAAACUGAAGGAUGUGGCUAACUCCUUCAGAGAUAUAUUUGACCAGGCUAAAACUGCCCAGGAGAAUGAGAUUCUGGUCACUCCAAUAGCCUCCAGUGAGACCCUUACUCAGGAGGAAGCAAUAGCGACGGGGACAACAGUGUGUGGACAAGCUGAUGUGGACAUCUUGGAGGAGACCACCACAGAACGGACGGAGCUGUAUCAUGAGACUUUACACACCCCUGACUGUAAGUCCUCCACUGGCACUCCACAUAGCCCUCUCAAUCUUUCCAGGAUGGUGAUGUCCCCACCCAAGUUCCUCUUUGGAACAGACUCUCUGCAGAAGUUUUUCGGCAGCAGCCCCCCGUCGUCCAAGGAGGAUAGUUCUUCAGAGAGCUCCAAGGUUAAAGACAGCGGUCGGACCUCCCAGCCUUUAACUGCAUUCAAAAUCUCAGAAAAAGGAUUGGAUUUUAGGCUUUUCAAAGAUAACCCAAAGACUUUUUGGACCAGCACCUCAUCCACCCAAUUUGAGCCCCCAGCACCCUCCCAGGCGGAGGCCGACGGUGAGGUGGAAGUGGUGUAUGUGAGGCAGCCAACAGUUGAGCAGGCUCUUCUGGCCAGGGAACUCCUGCUGCCUCUCACCUUCUUCUGCUACCAGAACGAACCAGGAUAUACCAGCGACGCCCAGACAGAUGAUGAGGACUUUGAGACAGCAGUUAAAGCCCUGAAUGGAAAACUGUACCAGGAUCCUCCUGAGAGAGAAGCUGCAAGUGCAGGUUCUGCAGGCCAGGCCGACGCAGGUGUUCAGGGUCUGGACCUGGAGCUUGAGGUGGUAUGGGAGAAGAGGCCUACUCCAGAGGAGGAACAGAAAGCCAGGACCCUGCAGCUGCCUUCAACCUUCUUCUGUGGUGUAGGCAGCGAUAGCGAGGCAGAGAAGGACAAGCCAGAGGACUUUGAGACAGAGCUUCGCAAAGCACAGGAGGCUCUGGAUGCUGAGAGAAGCUCAGACCCUGUUUCAUCUGAGGCUGUGUCCUCUAGCACCGGCGAUACUGUGCCAGAACAACAGGUCCCAGACCAGUCCCCCAGCAGCCAGGAACAGGCUUCAGAUCAGUCUGAGGCAGAAGUCCAGUCCACUACAGCAGAAAAACAGGUCCCAGAUCAGUCCUUAACCUUACAGGAGGCUGAAAUCCCAACCCCAGGUAGCCAGGAACAGGCCACAGAACAGUUGGUUACCAUCCAGGAGGCAGAAGUCCAGUCCUCUACAGCAGAGGAACAUGUCCCAGAUCAGUCCUUAACCAUACAGGAGGCUGAAAUCCCAACCCCAGGUAGCCAGGAACAGGCCACAGAACAGUUGGUUACCAUCCAGGAGGCAGAAGUCCAGUCCUCUACAGCAGAGGAACAUGUCCCAGAUCAGUCCUUAACCAUACAGGAUGCUGACAUCCAAUCUUCUACAGCAGAGGAACAGGUCCCAGUUCAAUCAGUAACCAUCCAGGAGGCAGAUGUCCAGUCCUCUACAGCAGAAGAACAGGUCUCAGUUCAGUCAUUAACCAUUCAGGAGGCAGAGGUCCAGUCCACUACAAAGGAGCAGCAGACUCCAGAUCAGUUAGGCUCCACUUCAACACCAUCUCAGACUGCGGUCUCCCGCAGCAGGGAGCAGGCUACCACUCCAAACCGUCCAGAAAAACCUGCUUUGAUAACCCCCUCAUUUGGUUUUGGAUUUGGUGCACAGUUUGGCAAAAAGCCAGGGCAGUGGGAGUGUAACAUGUGUCUUGUUAGAAAUGAGGAGUCUGCAAGCAGUUGUGUUUCUUGUCAAACUCUAAACGAGCAGGCUCCAGAUCAGUCUACUUCUGCAGCUACCAGCAGCAGCAGCCCUAUAGACCUGUCUGCCAAGAAGACCUCUGAGCCUGGCUCCAAUACUACAUUUUCUACAACCACUACUCAUGAUGCUCCUAACUCAUUUGGCUCAUUGGGCUUCAGUGCUCUAGGAGGGGAAGGGUUCUCCUUUGCUGAUCUGGCACAGAACACUGGGGGGGAAUUUGCCUUUGGAAAACAAGAUUCCAACUUCUCGUGGGCGAACGCCGGGGCUACGUUGUUUGGAGCUGCAGCCAAAGCUGAGGGGGGGGAGGAGGGGAGUGAUGAAGAGGACACUAAUAAUGUGGGCAUUGACUUUGAACCCAUAGUCUCUCUACCAGAGGUGGAGACUAAGUCAGGGGAGGAGGAUGAGGAGAUCCUGUUUAAGGAGCGUACCAAGCUGUACCGCUGGGAGAGAGACCUGGGCCAGUGGAAGGAGAGGGGUGUGGGAGACAUCAAGAUCCUCUUCCACCCCGAUAAGAGGUUCUACCGGGUGCUGAUGAGGAGGGAGCAGGUGCUGAAGGUCUGUGCCAAUCACACCAUCUGUCAGAGCAUGGAGCUCAAACCCAUGAACACCUCUAACCAAGCCCUAGUCUGGACAGCUACUGACUUUUCAGAGGGUGAGGGUAAGGUGGAACAGUUGGCAGCCAAGUUUAAGACCGCGGAGCUGGCCGAGUGUUUCAGGAAGACCUUCUGUGAGUGUCAGAGUCGUAUGAGCCAAUCAGAGGCCUCGUCCCUCUCCUCCCCCCAGCUGUCCAGGGUACAGGAACAUUCCAGAGACGCCAAUCCCCAGGUGUACCUCUCUAUCUCCGCUGACGACGAGCCCCUGGGAACGGUCACCAUAGAACUGUUCUCUCACAUCGUCCCCAAGACAGCUGAGAACUUCAGAGCGCUGUGUACAGGACAGAAAGGCUUCGGGCUGCGUAACUCUGUCUUCCACAGGGUCGUACCGGACUUCAUGUGUCAGGGCGGAGACAUCACCAACCAGGAUGGGACAGGAGGGAAAUCCAUCUACGGGGACAAGUUUGAGGAUGAGAACUUUGACGUGCGCCACACAGGCCCGGGGCUGCUGUCCAUGGCCAACCACGGCCGAGACACCAACAACUCCCAGUUCUUCAUCACCAUGAAGAAGGCUGAGCACUUGGACUUCAAACACGUGGCCUUUGGCUUCGUCAGAGAGGGCAUGGAUGUGGUCCGCAGCAUGGGAGAGCUGGGCACAAAGACUGGCAAACCCAGCAAGAAGAUUGUCGUCACCGAAUGUGGACAACUGUAGAGCUUCGCUCUGUUCAUUGACUGUGGACAACUCAACUGUAGAGCUUCGCUCUGUUCACUGACUGUGGACAACUCAACUGUAGAGCUUCGCUCUGUUCACUGACUGGACAACUCAACUGUAGAGCUUCGCUCUGUUCACUGACUGGACAACUCAACUGUAGAGCUUCGCUCUGUUCACUGACUGGACAACUCAACUGUAGAGCUUCGCUCUGUUCACUGACUGGACAACUCAACUGUAGAGCUUCGCUCUGUUCACUGACUGGACAACUCAACUGUAGAGCUUCGCUCUGUUCACUGACUGGACAACUCAACUGUAGGGCUGAGAUCUGGUCACUGACUGGACAACUCAACUGUAGAGCUUCGCUCUGUUCACUGACUGGACAACUCAACUGUAGAGCUUCGCUCUGUUCACUGACUGGACAACUCAACUGUAGGGCUGAGAUCUGGUCACUGACUGGACAACUCAACUGUAGAGCUUCGCUCUGUUCACUGACUGUGGACAACUCAACUGUAGAGCUUCGCUCUGUUCACUGACUGUGGACAACUCAACUGUAGAGCUUCGCUCUGUUCACUGACUGGACAACUCAACUGUAGAGCUUCGCUCUGUUCACUGACUGGACAACUCAACUGUAGAGCUUCGCUCUGUUCACUGACUGUGGACAACUCAACUGUAGAGCUUCGCUCUGUUCACUGACUGGACAACUCAACUGUAGAGCUUCGCUCUGUUCACUGACUGGACAACUCAACUGUAGAGCUUCGCUCUGUUCACUGACUGGACAACUCAACUGUAGGGCUGAGAUCUGGUCACUGACUGGACAACUCAACUGUAGGGCUGAGAUCUGGUCACUGACUGGACAACUCAACUGUAGGGCUGAGAUCUGGUCACUGACUGGACAACUCAACUGUAGGGCUGAGAUCUGGUCACUGACUGGACAACUCAACUGUAGGGCUGAGAUCUGGUCACUGACUGGACAACUCAACUGUAGAGCUUCGCUCUGGUCACUGACUGGACAACUCAACUGUAGGGCUGAGAUCUGGUCACUGACUGGACAACUCAACUGUAGGGCUGAGAUCUGGUCACUGACUGGACAACUCAACUGUAGAGCUGAGAUCUGGUCACUGACUGGAUGGCUAUCGGCCUUCGCUCUGGCCAUGGACUGGACAGUGAUAGGCUUUCAAACUGUGGACAACUAUAGUAGGCAAAUCUCAAAUGAGACCCUAUACCUCAUGUAAUGUAAAACAUGUUUGUUUUUUUACAAGAGCCCAUGUGCAGUGCACGAAGGGUUCUGGUAGUGCACUAUGUGGGGAAUAGGGUGUCAUUUGAGACAGAGAUGGUCACCUUUUCAUAAGUGUUGCCCCACCCUGAGGGCAGCAUGUGACUGUGAAUCCCCAGUCUGUUUUUUUGUGUAUAAUGUACAUUAACUUUCUUUGAGAGGGGUGUUCUUUUCAUGUUUUCCAAUAAGAGUUGAAAACGCUGGUUCCUUCAUAAGCUCCCUAACUUGAUUGUUUUGUAUAAUUAAGCCUUAAUCGAGAUGAACAAGAAACCUCCUUU